AUGGCAACGCCAGUGAUGGUUCUGCUGUUCAUCAUGGGAUGGACGGAGACGCAGACGCAGCUCGUGUCCAGAGGCCCCUCCCCUCUGCGUGUCCUGGUGAACGUCUCCGCUGACACCAUCGUGUUCCGGUUCCUGCGUCCGGCGGGUGUCCGGUUGGAGGGUCAUGUGAUCGGCUACGGCAGCGGAACCAACAACCUGCAGUUCAUCAGUCUGCCACCAGAGGGCAGCUACAUCACUGAACUAGACGCGGAGCCCAAGUACCUGCUGUCGGUCCAGUCUGUUCCUGAGACCGACCUGCACCCACUCUGCACUGGUACUGUGGACCUGAAGUCUUCCCUCAGACUGUUGGUCCGCUCCCUCAGUCCCUCAGCGGCGCUACUCUCCUGGGCUCCUCAUCCUCACACUCCUCUGGGGGACAUCCUGGGACACUGUCUGAGGGACGGCUUCUACACAGUGCGAUGGCGAGAGCGUUCCAGCAGGUGGCAGUAUGAGUGGUGUCCGAGCAGCGACACCGUUCUGUCCGACCUGAAACCAGACUCUGUCUACGAGGUCAGCGUGAGGGCCAGUCGCCAUGACAACACACAUGGAGAGUGGAGCAAACCGGUUUAUCACAGCACUGGUGGCAACCACAAACCUCCCUUUAAGACGUUCAGACUGAGGAACCCUCUGGGUCGAGCACUGAAUCCUGGAGGUCGGUCCUUGUUUCCUCCUCGUCUCGCUCUUCACAACAGAACUCACCCACGUAUUUCUCCACGGAACCAGAGCCUGCGCUCCGGACCAGGUUCUGGAGUUCGUCCGUCCAUCGCUCUGAACAAACGUCCAAACCUGGUCCUGACCUCUGACCUCCACAGCGAUACAAUCGAGAAUUUAAAAGAUGGCGACCAGCUGAGGCUCUUCAGGAUAAAACCCAAACCCUUCAGACCCACCAGACCCUCUGGCGGCUCCAAGACCCAGGGGGAGUCCCUCAGUACGACCCCAGCCUUGAGGCACCCGUCCUGGGAAGAGUCAGAGCUUUUCCAGCCUCAGCCCUCCAGCGACGUGGACGCUCAGGGGAAGAAGAGAUACACAGCGCCUCAUGUGGUGUAUCGGACCGGUAAACGGCCGGAUGAACCCUGCUCCAUCACCUCCUCUCUGGACUAUUUUCCGCCCGACAACAGCAAGGAACACCAAUCAGAAGCCUCCGCUCCCCCCAAAUCUCCACCCUCUAACGUCACCGUGGUAACCGUGGAGGGCUGUCCGUCAUUCGUCAUUUUGGACUGGGACAAAAGUAACGAUACGACAGAGUAUGAAGUGAUCUCCACGGCUAAAGGUCCAGACGGAGAAAAAGUCUCAGUUCUGACGACGAAUCAAACUCACACUGCAGUGGAGAACCUGCGACCGGAGUCCAGUUAUGAGUUCAAAGUGAAGCCAAAGAACGAGCUUGGGUCUGGACCCGAGUCUGAGCCAGUGGAGUUCAGCACCGAGUCUGCUGACCCGCGCGUCAGUGAGCGUGCUCCUGGGAAAGCUGCCCUCUGGACAGAGUUCCCCUUUGCCGCAGCUCCAGCCUCAGACUGCAGGGGGCGCAAGUUUGUGAAGAGGACCUGGUACCGCAAGUUUGUGGGCGUCCAGCUCUGCAACUCUCUUAGAUACAAGAUCUACCUGAGCGACACACUGGGAGGUCAGUUCUUCCACAUCGGAGACCAGCAGGGCUUCGGAGAGGACCACUGUCAGUUCGUCGACUCGUUCUUAGACGGAAAUACAGGAGAGCGACACCAGCAGGACACACAUGGUUUCUACAGAGCGCUGCGCCAAGAGCCAGUUCACUUCGGCUCCAUCGGGGGACGCUCGAACAUCAACUAUGUGUCCUGGUACGAAUGUGGGACCCCCAUACCAGGGAAGUGGUGA